GGCCGCUCCUCCGGCAACAAAUCUAUUCCAUCCACUGCAAGUGAUCCACAUCAGGAACGGCCCCGCAACAAUCUCCCCCUCUCGUUUGCUCUCGCCACCACGCGUCUCCAUCCGUGCCCGUAGCAGGUAGCACCCACCAGGAAAUAAGAGCUAGCCGGCCGGUGCUCCACACGGAGACGUACGACCAUUCGCAUCGCAGCACACCAGCUUAGACCAUGGCCGCCGCCACCUCCACCGUCUCCGGCCUCGCCGGCGCCGCGCUCGCCCGCCGGCCAGCCUUCUCUACCAGCUUCACGAGUGGCGGCCGGGUGUCGGCGAGGAACCCGCUGAUGACGAGGAACCUGGAGAGGAACGGCAGGAUCACCUGCAUGACGUUCCCGCGGGACUGGCUGCGGAGGGACCUGAACGUGAUCGGGUUCGGGCUGAUCGGGUGGCUGGCGCCGUCGAGCAUCCCGCUGAUCAACGGCAACAGCUUGACGGGGCUCUUCUUCUCCAGCAUCGGCGAGGAGCUCGCCCACUUCCCCUCACCCCCGGCUCUCCAGUCGCAGUUCUGGCUGUGGUUGGUGACGUGGCACCUGGGUCUGUUCAUCGCGCUCACCUUCGGCCAGAUCGGGUUCAAGGGCAGGACCGAGGACUACUUCCAGAAGUAGUGAAUUAACUAGCUUUAGUUCAUGCAUGUGCAUCGUCCUUAGGCUGUUCAAGGGCUGCUUCUGCGCAUGCGUGUUCAAUGUAAAAUCUGUCAUGCCUUUUGGUUUUGUGCAUGCGUGUGGCUUCGCAAGCCGUGUGAUUGCUGUUUGUUAA